AUGGCUACCGCGAUAAUUCUUGUUAUGGAUCGCGAUCAAAAACCAAUCGAAUGUAGGACGUUAAUCGACACAUGUUCAAACGCAAAUUUCAUCACGGAAGAUCUAGCAUCGAAAUUAAGACUUCCGGCGAAACAACACACAACGACAAUAGAAGCCUUAAAUCAAUUAAGCACCGUAACCACACAGAUCGUUUCGACCAGCAUUAAAUCCCGAUUAUCCAAUUUCAAGAGAACUCUGACAUUCAUUACGAUACCGCGAAUCUCAGGACCGAUACCAGAUCAGCAAAUUGACCGCGGUAAAAUUCCGAUUCCCGCGAAUAUCAAUUUAGCCGAUCCGCACUUUCACCGACCAACAUCCGUCGACAUGCUCUUAGGCAUCGGUACGGCCUUAGCAUGUUUGAGCGUCGGCCAAAUAGAUAUCUCUCCAUCUAAUAAAACCGAUUUGAUACUCCAGAAGACAUUAUUCGGAUGGAUCAUCGGGGGGAGUCUAUCUACUUCAAUGACAAGGCAUAAGGUCUUUCUCACUACUCCAAAUUUCGACCUGAAGAAAUUUUGGGAAUUAGAAGAGGGUCCUCAGGUACGAUACCUGUCUGCCGAAGAACAAGAGUGCGAAGAGCAUUUUCGGAAUCACACCAAGCGGGAUAAAUCAGGUCGAUAUAUUGUAGCAUUACCCUUUAACGAGAAAUAUACGCAAUUGGGUGAGUCUCGGUCGCGCGCCCUGAACCGUUUUCUAUCGUUAGAAAGGAAAUUCAAUCGUGAACCGGAAUUAAAAUGCGAAUACGCCAAUGUAAUUCAGGAAUAUCAAGAUCUUGGUCACAUGAGUGAAGUUCAACCGAAUGAACGAGACGGUUUCUACCUGCCUCACCAUGCGGUCAUAAAACUUUCAAGCGCAACUACAAAGGUCCGUGUCGUUUUCGAUGGAUCGGCCAAAACGAGUAGCGGCCUAUCACUCAAUGACACCUUGAUGGUUGGACCUACUAUUCAGGAUGACAUUGUUCUACUAUUAAUUCGUUUUCGGAUGCACGCUUAUGUCUUGACUGGCGACAUAGAAAAAAUGUACCGGCAGUUUCUUGUACGACCCGAAGAUCGUCGGUAUCAGCGGAUUUUAUGGCGCAACGAUGACGGCAAGGUCAAGACAUAUAAUUUGAACACGGUCACUUUCGGUUUGACAUCUGCACCGUACCUCGCGAUUCGAUGUCUCCACCAACUCGCGGACGAUGAGGGGAACGGGAAUCCAGCGGCGGCACGGGUUAUAAAACAGGACCUUUACGUUGAUGAUCUGCUCACGGGCGCAGACACCUGCGAAGAGGCUAUGACCUUGCGAGAUGGAAUCAUCGAUAUCCUCAAACGUGGAGGAUUAAAUAUUCGCCAAUGGGCUUCGAACGAGCCACAGCUUCUCUCCGGACUCGACGAAGCACAGAUCAGCAAGAAAUUCUUAGGAGAUUCCACUCUCAAGACCCUUGGUGUAAUAUGGGAUGCGCAAAACGAUAAAAUCCUAUAUACAAUCGAUCCGAUAGUGACAAAUAGGGUAACGAAGCGAACAAUUUUGUCAUCGAUUGCAAAAAUCUUCGAUCCGUUAGGGUUACUUGCGCCGGUCAUUAUUAAGGCAAAAAUUUUAAUGCAGCGUCUAUGGCAACUGCAAUUGGACUGGGACGAAGCGACACCAGCCAAUCUUCACACAGAAUGGAUUACUUUCGCGGCGGAAUUUAAUUUAUUAAACAAUUGUUCAUUCGAUCGACACGUUUUACAACACGGUGUAAGUAAGACUGAGCUACAUGGCUUUUGCGACGCGAGCGAGCGAGCCUAUGGUGCCUGCAUUUACGUGCGUACGGUGACCAAAUCCGGAAACAUUAAAACGGAGUUACUGUGUGCAAAAUCGCGAGUUGCACCACUGAAAACAGUCAGUCUUGCUCGUUUAGAAUUAUGUGGAGCUGUACUCCUCUCCUUUUUGUACAAAACGGUUACGAAAGCGACGUCACGGAAUUUCGACACGAGUACAUUUUGGACAGAUUCUACAAUUGUUUUAAAUUGGAUUAAUAAGGAACCUUCGACAUUAAAAACGUUCGUAGCGAAUCGCGUCACGGAGGUACAAUCGAAAACCGACAUCAACGCGUGGAAACACGUUAAAUCGGCCGAUAAUCCAGCCGAUCUGAUUUCAAGAGGACAAUCGCCGUCGCAGUUCCUCGCAGACUCCAUUUGGCGCCAUGGACCACAGUGGCUCGCCAGUGACGAUUCGACUUGGCCAGAGUCUAAAUUCGCGAUUAUGCCUGAAACUCUGGAAACGCGACCGCUUGCGUGCUUCGCAACCACCGUUAAUCAGGAUGAUCAAAUUUUAAGCAGAUACUCGUGUAUUAAAAAACUUCGAAGAAUAGUGGCAUAUUGUUUGAGAUUUCGCGCGACACCUAAACAUAAAGGACCACUAUCUAUCGAAGAGAUUCGCAACGCGAACGAGCGAAUCAUCAAAAUGGUCCAAUCUUCUUCUUUCACACAAGAAAUAAAAGAAUUAGGAAACAAAUCCGGAUUACAAUCAUCGAGUAAACUUUUACCAUUACACCCUUUUCUCGAUGAAAGGGGCAUACUUCGGGUCGGAGGUCGCUUACAGAAUUCAACGAUACCCUUUGAAGAAAAACAUCCGAUACUCUUGCCGAAGAAUCAUCACGUUGUCGAUUUGAUUGUUCGGAACGCUCAUUUGGAGGGUUAUCAUCUUGGAAUAAAUUCAACUCUGUAUACCGUUCGACAGCAAUAUUGGCCCAUUGAUGGCAAAAACACCGUACGAAAGGUUAUCCGUCGAUGCAUCAGGUGCUUCCGUUUCAACCCUCCAGCCACAAAGUACAUAAUGGGAAAUCUACCUGCUCCGCGCGUCUCCGAAAGUAGACCUUUUUCCAAUUGUGGCAUAGACUAUUGUGGUCCGUUUUAUAUUAAAGAGCGACGAGUACGAAACCGCUCUCGAGUCAAAGUUUACAUCGCUGUUUUCAUUUGUUUUGCGACAAAGGCCAUACACCUCGAGGUUGUAAGCAAUAUGACCACCGAAGCGUUUAUUGCCGCCUUAAAAAGAUUCAUCGCGCGAAGAGGAAUCUGUCAGAACAUUUAUUCGGAUAAUGGAACAAAUUUCGUUGGGGCCAGCAACGAAAUCAUCGACAUCCAUCGGACGCUUCAAAAGGACGACAAGUUUCGACACUUUCUCACCGAUAAGAGAAUUUCAUGGCAUUUUAUGCCAGCCUUAUCUCCCAAUUUUGGUGGUUUGUGGGAAGCUGCGGUGAAAUGUUUUAAACACCAUUUAAAACGCGUCGUCGGUGAAGAAUUGUUCACGUUCGAGCAAUUCAACACGUUCGUCAUUGAAAUUGAGGCGAUUCUCAAUUCUCGUCCUCUUACUCCAUUAUCCUCUGAUCCAAAUGAUCCAUCAGCCUUAACACCUGCACACUUUCUGAUUGGUAGUUCUUUAACGAGUAUGCCCGAGGUUGAUUUCAGCGAAACACCUUCCAAUCGUCUUUCGAAAUGGCAACAUAUUCAGAAGGUGAAGCAGAAUUUUUGGUCCAGGUGGUAUAAAGAAUAUAUUCACCAGCUAAACGUUCGCCAAAAAUGGACCAAGGGGUCACACGAUAUCAAGGAGGGAUCCCUGGUGGUCUUGAAGGAUGACCAUCUACCACCACUACAAUGGCAUCUCGGCCGCAUCGAAGAGGUUCAUCCCGGACAGGACGACGUCAUCCGAGCGGUCACUGUACGAGGGCCCAGUGGCAUCUACAAACGGAACGUGAAGCAACUGGCGCUAUUGCCAGUUCAAGAAGUGGUGUAA